AUUUCUCAUGCUUGUGGGAAUUCCAUCACCUUUUUUCUCCAAUUCCACCAUACACAUUACACACGUUACAAACUCCAUCCACACUUUUUUUUUUGGAGAAAAAAGUCAGAUUAAUCGUUGCUGCCACAGAUGAAGAUCUUCAGCUGGAUUCGAAGCAAACGCAAUGGCAACGAAGGCAGCAACACGAAGCCCAAUCCACAACCAAAAUCAUAUGAGAAGAAGAUGACCUGCAACGAAGAAUUCUCCGAUUGGCCGAACGCGCUGCUGGCGAUCGGCACAUUCGGAAACAACGCCAAUCCGAAAAAUUGCGAGCAAGUAGUUGAGAGUGAUGAAUCAACACUAGCGAUGAAUGAUGAGGAGAAUCUGUCGGCAGAGCACCUCCUAAACUUCCUGCGCGGCGGCGGCGAUCGCCGUCUGGAAAGGCUGGGCAGCCUCGUGGAGAGAGGCGGAAAAGAUAUUAAGUCGGAUAAGAGAAACAGAGGCAUCGGAAAAAGGUCGUUGUCGUUUCUGCUGAAGAAGGCGCUCCUCUGCGGCGGCGGAUUCACCGCGGCGCCUCCGAUUAUCAGAGAUCCGCUUCCAGAUCUGAAAAUUGAUCAAUCGACAAUGGAGAAGAUAUUAAGGGCUAUGCUGCACAAGAAGAUAUACCCUCAAAGGCCAACAACUCCAAACAAAUGCUUGGAUAUGGGUGAGGAGGAAGACACCACCACUCAUGGAAGCAAAUGGGAUAAAACAGACUCUGAAUAUAUUGUGCUGGAGAUUUGACGAUCUACUUUCAGUACAAUUCUUAUCUGGAUUGGAGUUUGGGCAUGUUUUUGCCAUGGCUUGCCGUGGUGUCGAGUGCUGACACUCGACGACGGCUUGGAUAAAUCAGGUUUUAGCCAUGGUUGGCACAUCAGUACACAUGUUAUUCUUCAAGAUUCUUGUUGAGAUAUCAAAUUGAUUGUAGAUCGAAGAGCACAUAUAUAUGGAUUUUACACAUUGUCUUUAUUCAGAAUGUGUAUAAAUUUUAAAUGUUCAAAGUUACUACUA